CAUACCGCAGCGCUCAGUAUGACAGAGCCACAUCUCCCCAAUCUAUCGGCGUGCCGGCCGUGUUGCACCUCGUCCCGCUGCUCCGGUCCUCUGCCCGGCUCCCCGCGCUCUCCCCGGGCCGCAGCGUCGGCGGCGACGAUCGAUCGGCGCCCGACUGGGGACGCGCGUCGUCCGCGACGCAGCCCAGCUGUCGCGGACGACGGUCGGAGCCCGAGGACACGCUGAGACACAGGGUCAACAGAGGUGGUCAGAUGAAACCAGCCUAGUCGCCGCGCGGACCGCACCGCCGUCGCCGCGAUGCGGAGCCACCAGAACGUGCGCACCCUGUCGCUGGUGGUGUUCACCUUCACCUUCCUGCUCAUCGGCGCCGCCGUGUUCGACGCGCUGGAGUCGGAGAGGGACGAGGACAGCCAGAUCAUGCUGGAAGAGAUGGAGCAGGAAAUGAAAAAGAAAUAUUCCAUCACCGAUGAGGAUUACCGCGUUCUGGAGACCACCAUCAUCAAGAUGGAACCGCACAAAGCAGGGCCUCAGUGGAAGUUCAUCGGCGCCUUCUAUUUCGCCACGGUUGUACUGGUCAUGAUUGGGUACGGCCACAGCACGCCGGCCACGGUCGGUGGCAAGGCCUUCGUCAUCCUCUACGCCAUCAUCGGCAUCCCCAUGGGACUCGUCAUGUUCCAGCACAUCGGCGAGCGGCUCAACAAGGGCGCCUCCAUCAUCAUCAAAAAGCUGAAGAUUCUCUUCCGUCGCAAAAAUCCGGAGAUCACCGAGAUAGACCUGAUGGCGGCGACGUUUCUGCUGUCGACCAUCAUCACCACGUCCGGGGCGGCCAUGUUCUCACACUACGAGCGCUGGAGCUACUUCGAGUCGUUCUACUACUGCUUCAUCACGCUGACCACCAUCGGCUUCGGCGACUACGUGGCCCUCCAGAAAGACCACGCGCUCUCGGAGAAGCCGGGCUACGUGGCGAUGGCGCUCAUCUUCAUCCUGUUCGGGCUGGCCGUGCUGGCUGCUAGCAUGAACCUGCUGGUGCUGCGGUUCAUGACCAUGAACACAGAAGACGUGAACCAGGUGGAUAACGACAUGCAGCCGGCUUCCUCCUUCCUCUCGCUGGACGGAGAGUCGCUCAUCAUCAACGGAAACAUGGUCACGCAGAUGUCGCACCAGACUCCGGAGACGAUGAGUUUUGUCUCUCACACGUCUGUGUGCUCGUGCACGUGCUACCCGAGACACUCACCCGGCGCGCGAGACAGGCGCGGCGGCCCGGCCCGCCGGCCGUCCCGCAUCUCCCACCUGUUGGACGCCGUACCCGGGGAGCCCGCCCACGUCACCGAGACCCGAGAGGAUGAGCGGUUCGACUUUGAGACGCCCGAGGACCUGUUCGGCCGCUCCCUCAAACGGGCCUCCGUGUAGCCGACGCCGCCCGAUGGGCUGUUGAGGGAGGGGCGAGGUUCGUUCAGUUGCUGUGUGGAGCGCAGGGUGUGUGUGUGGGGGGGGGGGGCUUUGGGCGCUAUUGAUAGUCGCAAUCAUUCUCAUGGGCUUCGCGUUUUGAAAGGAUGAUCAAUCCGAAUUGGCCGUUGGAAGUCAUAGGCUGAGAGAGGUCAUUUUGAAUGAACUGUACUGUUGGGGUCUGUCAGACCAUUCAAAUGUUUUCGCACAAAACUACUAUCCCUCUGGGUCUUCAUGAGCUUUGCAUGUAUUAAGUAUAUCGCUGUGCUGGACUUUGGCAAUGCGCGGCCCGUUUUUCGUUGCUGCUUCCCUGCAGCUACAAUGUCAGCUGCCAGAUGGUAGCACAUCUGUGACCGUCCAGUUGUAGAUGUCGCACGGCUCGGUACGGAGACUGGCGUAGGCGUCCGGUCACUGCUCUGCCGUGAGUCAGACGUCCUGGGAUUUGUGCGCUAUGGCUUUGCGUACAAAGCCGUCUAUGCAAUGUAUUUCGUUGGUGAAUUGUUUUUAUGUUCUUAAUGUCAUAAAACGCUGCGUUGCACAUUUGUUUCCCAUGCAACGGCAGCGCGGCGCAUAUGGCAUAUGGCAUAUGGCUUUUCUGCUAUUUGGUCAGAUAAUUGCACAUGAGAUAAAGAGAACCGAAUUACUAUUAAUCGAUGUAUACAAUACAUAAUAUUCGUAUA